UCCAUCGUCACUGCCCCCCAGGUAUGAUGUAUCCUUCGUCUGCGUCAUCGACAGUCUGGAUCAGAGCAACACUUACUUUUUAAAGACCACCUCCACCACCCUCUUCCUCAUCAUCACAUCAAUCAUCUUCCUCUCUCAACAACAACAACAACAACAACAACAACAACAACACAACUCUCACACUUCCACCCUUCCACACUUCUACCUUUAUACUUUCAAUCAUCCAAUCCCACUCCUAAACCGACAAAAUGGACAAGGCCAAGGCUGCUGUUUCCGACUUCAUGGCCAAGGCCGGCCACCACGACACCACUGUCCACGAGAAGGUCGCCCCCGCUGUCACCCACGAGACCGUCAACCCUCACAGGCAUGAGAACAUCACGACUGCCGUCGACAAGGAAAUUCACCAGGAUCACUACCACACCUCGGUGCAGCCUGUCUUGGACCGUGAAGUCCUCCCCGAGACCCACAAGCACAACCUUGUUGCUGUCGAGCACCGCCAGUAUGAGCAUGGCAAGGCUGAGGAUGUGAAGCUCCGUCUUGAGCAGGAGGCCGCUCAGUUCAUGGACAAGCGCGAGGUCACCGCCACCCGGGAGACCCGCUCCACGGCUCCCGUCGUCGGUGGUGAGCACAUUCACCACCACGUCCACGAGACGAUCCAGCCCAUCGUCCAGAAGGAGGUCAUUCAGCCUGAGGUCGUUCACACCACUGUUCCCAUUCACGAGGUCCACCACAACGCUGCUCAGCACCACACUACCUCUGCCCUUCCCGCAGUCAGCUUGGCCGACUUCAAGAAGCAGGGUGGUGUUCUGACCGGCCGUGAGGAGCGCUACGAUGGCUUCGAGGGCGAGCCUCGCUCAGUCGGUGGCGCCCUGAGUGGUCACCACCACAUCCCUGGUGACAAGGGCAACGGCCAUCACGGUCACCACGGCCUUGGUGCUGCUGCUGGCGCCGGUGCUAUUGGUGCUGGUGCCGCUGGCACUCACGGCCUGAAGACCCGCAACCGCAGUGGCUCGUCCAGCUCUUCCUCCAUUAGCUCUUCGGACGGUGAGGGUGGACGCAUCCGCCGCAAGCGUGGUACGCGCACUCAUGGUGCCACUGGUACCACUCAUGGUGCCAAGCCCUCCAUGAUGGAGAAGCUCAACCCCCGUGUUGAUGCUGAUGGCGAUGGCAAGGCCGGCUUCAUGAAAUAAGCGUUUCGUCGUUUACCCACGAGUUUAGUGUCUUUCCUUUGUUUGUCAUAGCGGCUUGCAUG